AUGGGCUCCAUCUCGCAACCUGCCAUAACGGCCAAGCCUCGCUUCGUUGUCAUCGGAGGAGGCUCUCGCGGGGCGGCUUAUGGCAGGGCCGUCCAGGCGUCGACUAAUGGCCAGAUUGCUGUCAUAGCGGAGAUAAAUCCCUUUGUGAGGGAGGAGUUCGGUCAGAAGUACAUCUGGGGUGAGCGCAAACCGGCUGAUCACGAAUCAUUUCCAAGUUGGGAGGCCUGGCUGGAAUGGGAGCAGGCUCGGCGUAAGAACCCUUCCAUUGUGGCAGAUCCAAAUUAUGUCCCAGUCACAGGUGCGUUCAUAUGCACACUGGAUGAGAGUCAUAUCGCAUCGAUUGGCCAUGUUCUCAGGUACUCACCACACAACAUCGUGCUCCGGGCGCUUUUGCUGGAGCAGCAGUCGAUUGGCGAGAUUGUGUCUAUCGAACACACGGAGCCCAUCGGAUGGUGGCACUUCAGUCAUAGCUAUGUCCGCGGCAACUGGCGUCAUGUCAAGCCUGACGGAGUCGGCUCGUUGCUCACCAAGUCGUGCCAUGACAUUGAUUUCUUGAUGUGGCUUCUCACUUCGCCAUCGUCUCUGACCGGCGAGAAACCACACCUCCCUUCGACUAUAACAUCAACCGGCCACCUAACGCAAUUCCGAAAGUCUCGCAAGCCCCGGCGAGCGGGCAAUGCGACGAAUUGUCUCUCUUGUCCAGCAGCGGAUGAAUGCUCGUAUGCUGCUCAGAAAUUGUACCGCGACCACUGGCUCCGCAAAGAGCGGGACACGGGCUGGCCUCUGAAAAUCGUCGUCCCUGAGAUCGAAGACAUAGUGGCAAAGUCAGGUUGGGACGGCGCAGAAACAAAGCUGAUGUCCCGUUUGGGCGAGGACUAUGACACUACCAUGCCUUCUUCCGAAGUUGAAGAACGAGGCUGGUAUGGUCGUUGCGUAUACGAGUCCGACAACAGUGUUGUGGAUGAUCAGACGGUGGUCAUUGGUUGGGAAGAGGACCCCGUCACUGGCACUCCUUCAGAAAACGGAUAUGGACGAGGCCCCAAGACGGCCGUCUUCCAUAUGACCGCUCCAACCGAAGCACAAUGUGACCGCAGGGGGAGAAUAUAUGGCUCUCAAGGCGAAAUAAGCUAUGACUCAAAGAGUAUAUCUGUAUACACUUUCGCGGACCGCAAGACUAUUACUCAUGUCAUUCCAAAGCAGGCACCGGAGGUUGAGAAAGCUCAUGGUGGUGGUGAUUGGGGUCUAGCUGGAGCAUUUGUGAGGGCCGUUGAGGAGGUCGACAACGGAACCUUGGAAGUCGGUGAAGCACAGUGGCGUUACGUUGGAUGCGGCUUACAGGAGAUCAUCAGAAGCCACGGCGUGGUGUUCGCCGCUGAAGAGGCAAGAAAUAAGCGUGCGGUGGUCGACUGGAAAGACUUCUGCUCGAGGACUGGUUGUCCGGUCUAG